UCUGGUUGGUUCCUGUCUUGAAGGAGUCCUCCGCCUCAACUUUGUAUUCAAAUAGUGCUUUGGAAUUUGGGUUGGUUUUCUUAGCUCCUACCCCGGCCCUCUUCUCAAGGGUGUGUGGAGUUCAGACGACGGGUGGAGAGUGGGCUUGGCUGGAACUGAAUUGGUGGAGGUGAAAGAGGAACGGAGGAUCCUCAGCCUAAACCACUUAAGGCCCAGAGAACCCACUGUAUUUUUAGCCGAGGAAAAGAGCUGCAUUGGCUGCAGGGGGGAGGAGGAUUCAUUUUAGGAAGUCCGCUUCGCUACCCUUCCCUCCUCUCCGCGUUUGGGGCUGGAUGCUCGAGAGCUUUGUUUCUCUUGUUUCGAGAGUGGCCCACCUGGGUCUGAAUAGACUCCCUUUGCUCUGGCUCGCCUCCCCAUUUUUUAGCCUGGAGAAAAAGGGGAGGUGGGGGCCGAGAAAGAGAAGGAGUGAGUGAGUCGUCUGGCGCGCUGUCAGACAGAGGCGGGUGUGAGGGAAACAGCUGUCUUGCGAUCAGCUCAGGAGUAUGAGCCUUUCGGAGGACUGCAUAAGCCCAGGACGCUUCAGGAGUCCCCAGCUAGUGACAUGGGCGGUAUGGAUCAACUCAUAAACAACUUGGAGGUCCAACUUAAUUCAGAAGGUGGCUCAAUGCAUGUAUUCAAACAGGUCUGCGUUCAGGAAAAUUAGGUCACUGGCCCUAUUCAGAUCAGAAAUUUCCCUAAGACAGCAGACAGUAGUAAUAUGACAUCUCCACCAUUCCUGGAUGCCAACCCCAUGGAAAACCCAGCACUGUUUAAUGACAUCAAGAUCGAACCCCCAGAAGAACUUCUAGCUAAUGAUUUCAGCUUGCCUCAGGUGGAGCCAGUUGACCUCUCCUUUCACAAGCCCAAGGCUCCUCUCCAGCCUGCCAGCAUGCUGCAAGCUCCAAUACGUCCUCUCAAGCCACAGCCUGCUCCCCAGACCCUUGUAGUGUCCACUUCAACAUCUGACACAGGCUCUUCAGCAAACAUCCCUACCAUUUUGACUCCAGGCUCUAUCCUGGCUCCCUCUCAGGGCACUGGUGGCCAGCAUAUCUUACAUGUGAUUCACACCAUCCCCUCAGUCAAUCUGCCAAAUAAGAUGGGUGGCCUGAAGACUAUCCCAGUGGUGGUGCAGUCACUGCCCAUGGUGUAUACUACUUUGCCUGCAGAUGGGGGCUCUUCAGCCAUUACAGUCCCACUCAUUGGAGGAGAUGGCAAAAAUGCUGGAUCAGUGAAAGUUGACCCUACCUCCAUGUCUCCACUGGACAUCCCAAGUGACAGUGAGGAGAGUGCAAUUGAGAGUGGAUCCUCAGCCUUACAGGGUAUUCAGGGACGACAUCAAGAACCAGCAGGAAUGACCCAAAUGCAGGGAGAAGAAUAUCUUGACUUGAAGAGAAGACGGAUUCACCAAUGUGACUUUGCAGGAUGCAGCAAAGUAUACACCAAAAGUUCUCACCUGAAAGCCCACCGCAGAAUCCAUACAGGAGAGAAGCCUUAUAAAUGUACCUGGGAUGGCUGCUCCUGGAAAUUUGCUCGCUCAGAUGAACUCACCCGCCAUUUCCGCAAGCACACAGGCAUCAAACCCUUCAGGUGCACAGACUGCAACCGUAGCUUUUCUCGCUCUGACCACCUGUCCCUGCACCGCCGACGCCAUGACACCAUGUGAGAAACACAAACUGCACUAGAAGAUAUGUGCUGGUCUCUUUCUCUGUGUGCUGAGGUCAUGACCAUCUUUUCCUUUUUCACUUCGGCUUGCUUCUGAAAUGGGCUUGGAGGAGCACACUGAGCCAGGUUGAUGAGACUGGAGGAAAAUAUAGCUAGUUUUCCAUGGGAACUCCUCAUAUUCUACCUUCACCUCUCCAUUGUACAGUCCCCAAUUUUUUCAACCUCCCCAUGGGUUGAAUUUCAGUGUGGCACCCAUGGUUGCCCCCCCACACCCUCCCACUCCCAUCCCUGCUCUGAGAUAGGACAUUUCUCCUACAGUAACAACACAGGAAUCAAACUCAAGGCUGUGAACAAACACAUGCUGCUUUUUCCCUAUUUUUUCUCUUGUUUUCCAGAAUUCGUGUCCAUAUUUUUUAAAUAAGUACUGAAAAGUGGUUGGUAGUCUCCUAAAAAUGACUUUUUUUCAAGUUCUCAGAAGAAGGCAUAACAAUGUUGUUGGUUAGUAAGAGUUACGAGGAUUUGGGUCCUGAGUAUAGGGUACAUUCUCAAUGACUUUAGCUGAGUCCUAUAUGAAACUCAAAGAUUUUGUAAAUCUAAACCUAUUUGUUCUUACAGUUGGUUUUCAGAUGGUGCUGGUGCUUCUGCUUCCUAAAUACUUCAAAGAGAAUGAAGGAAAUCUUCUGGUCCUUCUCCUCUUCCUCUUCUUCCUCCUCCUUCUUCAGAUGAAAGGUCUUUCUGCACAAUUACAUACUUUAUUAGGUUAAAUUUGGACAAAUAUUCACAGAACACAUUGACAUGCCAUUAGGGAGAAAAGUGUUCCAGGAGAGUAUGUUAGACAGUGAUAGAAACAAGCAUUACCAGGAUGAUCCUGAAAACAAGUAGAGGGGGACUUUGAUUUGGCUAGGAUACCAAAAGUGCUGUAAUAAAACCUCACUCAAAUGGCAGCCUGUUGAGGAAGUGUCUUUAAGGGGUUACAAUGUACUAUUUAUUCUUUUGCUUACAUAAAGCAACUGUUAGGAGCAAAUUACAUGAUAAAAAAUCACACACUGGGGCCAUAUUAUGCAGAGGUGAGGGGUUUGGAGAAAAAAAAUUUAUUCCUUGGCAUUAUUAGCAUGUAUUCUUUGUUUCAAAUGGAAUAUAAGAAGCAUUUAAUGAGAAAUGACACACACACACACACAGUUUUAUUUUCUGCAACUGCUGUGAACACCUAAGCCAUUUCCUUUAGCCAUUAGAGCAAAACUGCAUAACAUACACAUUUGGUUGCCCAAACUGUUUCAUCAUAGUUUCAUAACAGAGGAACAUAAAAUCCUCUGUUCUAGGCCCUGGACAUCAGAUCUACCUCCACAUGGCAUAUUUCCUGUCUGAAGGGUUGGAGAGUGGGCUUUGAAUCACUUGGUUUUGGAUUCAGCCUCUGUCCUAAAGGUUGUCUUCAUAUUGAGUUCCUUUUCUUUGGCAAAUAUUCAACCAUUCCCUCCAUGAAUGCUUUAGGUUACUACCUCCAAAGGCUAUCCAUUCUGACUAAAUCAUAGAACUCUAGCACUGAAAAGGUAUCCUAUUAACCAUUUAGUCUUACCAAUCAUUCAUAUUUUAAAGAUGAGACAAAUGUGAGUCAGAUUCUUUCCACAGAUGGUUCCUUAAGGCAUUAUAGACCAUACCUAUUCUCCCAGGGAUCAUAUUAAAACACAUUAAAGAAAAGUUUACAUCAUUGGCUGUAGUAUUUGUCCAAUUUUAUGUAUAUGUUAUGCUUUAGCAAACUAGACUACUCAUAAACCAUUUAUGGUUGAUUAAAUAUUAAGUAUAAUGUGCUUGUGGUCAUUGACAUGUAACAUUAAGCACACAAGUUUUCUCUCUAACACUGUAUAUUAUCUCAGAUUUGAUUUACCUCAUUUAAACUUGCAGUGUCUUUCCAGACCAUAAACCUUUCAAGGACUGUCUGUAUUUUUCAAAAUGACAUGUCGACUUUUACUAUUAUCAUUGUUAUUUUGAUAGAGGCUUCUCCCUGACUUUUGGUGUACAAAUUCCACACCAUAGACUAAUUGCUAAAGCACUAGGAAAUAUCAAGGACCAGUCUGUUAAAGGGGAUUUUUAUGUAGCUAUAAGAUUUUUAAAGGUGAAUUGCCAUCAUACAUAGAUUUAAACUUGUCACUGAAUAGUUAAUAUAGUAUUUCACAGUAUAGUUCAAGGGCUUAUUCAUUUUCCUCAGAGUUUGGAUCUUGAGACUCCUUUUCCAGGGUUCAUAACUGAUGUGUGCCCCUCAGGCCUCAGGAUCUUUUGCAUUAGAGCAUAUCUAUUUAUAAAUAAAGGCUAUCAAAUAUACUGUUGUACUACUAGGUUGAUCAAAUUAGGAUUCCAAAUAUUCGUAUCACUGACAUCCCAAGCCUGUAUUCAAAAUUUUUCAUGCAAAAUAAUGAGGGAUUUGUUAAUGCUUUAUUCAUUGUCUGUAGUCAAGAAACAGUUCUAAUCCUAUUCUUCAUGCCCUCUUCCCUCCAAAUAACAAUAAAAUCCUUCCAGUUAUUUACAUAUAUUUUAAGAAGUAUGUCAAAAUUUGUAGUAUUUUGUAGAGUACAGAGAUUCACAUACAGUACAAUACAGUAUUGCACCAAAGCAUAUAUAAAUUUUCUAAAUAGACAAUGAUAUUGAAAGGAAUUGUCACUGUUAGGUAGCAUUUGAGAUUAAUCGAAUUUGCUGUGCUUACACUAGCAAAAAAUCUGUUCAUCAUUAUGUGAACAGUUGCCUAGUGGAUGGCAAAUGGCCUUAUUCAAUAGGGUUAGAUAAUAUCCUGGGAUUUGUUGCAAUGGAAUUGCUCCAUCUGUACAUGAUUGGCAGUUGAACAAAACAAUUGAUAAUUAUAAUUAGAAAUUUCAGGUAAAACUUUGUAGACUGGGAAGUGGCUGGGUAAAUUAGGUGGAGUGAAUUAUGGGCAAGACAGACAAUUUGUGAGAAUAACUUAUUUUUAAAUAUUUUUUUUAAAUUUCAGAACAGUUUUAGAUUUACAGAAAAAUCGUGACAAUAGUACAGUUUCCAUAUCCAGCAUCCAGUUUUCCCUUUUAUUAGCAUCUUUCAUUUGUAUGGUACAUUUGUUACGAAUAAUGAAGUAAUAUUGAUGCAUUAUUAACUGAAGUCCAAACUUUAUUCAGAUUUCCUUAGUUUUUACAUAAUAUCCAUUUUUUUCCAGUAUCCCAUUCAAGAUACCACAUCACAUUUAGUACUCAUAUGUCCUUAGGCUUCUCUUGGUUGUGACAGUUUCUCAGAUUUUUCUUGUUUCUCAUAAACUUGUCAGUUUUGAGUGGUAUAUUCCUCAAUCGAGAUUUGUCUUAUCUGUAUCUCAUGACUAAUCUGAGAUUAUGGGUUUUGGGGAGGAAGACUAUACAGGUGAACUGCAAUUUUCAUCACAUCAUAUUAACAUAACAUGUUCUUGAUGUUAAACUUAUUACCUGGCUGAGAUAGCAUUUGUCAAGUUUUUCCUCAGUACUCUACCCCUCUCCCUGCUUUAUGCCAUACUCUUUAGAAGGAAAUCACUAUGUGCAGCCCACACUUAAGGAGUGGUGAGCUAUAUAUCACAUCCUUGAGGAUGAGUAUCUACAUAAGUUAUUUUGAAUUCUCGUGCAUGGGAGAUUUGUUUCUUCUCCCUCAUUUAUUUAUUUGUGCAAUCAUUUACUUGUAUCAGUAAAUUUACUCAUGGAUAUUUAUCUUACACUUCGGGUUGUAAUGCAACACAAUGUUAUUUCAUUGUUCAAAUUAUUCCAGCCUUGGCCAUUGGACACUAUUUUGGGUUAACUUUUAAGUCCUUCUGACACACCCUCAUCAUUUUUUUUUAGCACAUCCUUAUUUUCUGGCACUAUGAGAUGUUCCACGCUCAUCUUGUAUAUAUUUUUGGCUGACUCCUAUAAUCAACCAUUUCUUAAAGAAUUCCAUUUUGUUUUCAUGGAGAAUUAUAUUAGAAACCAAGAUCUAGAUUUUAGGUAUGCUUGUUGCUACUGUGGUACUUUAGGCCAUCUCAGCUGACAGAGCAAGGAAAUAUAUGUGUGUACACUAACCCAUGUAUAUACACACAUCUACAAAUACCUAAAAAUAUUUCUAUAUAUAACCUUCCAUGUCAUUUUUAAGCUAAACAUGAGUUCAUACUGAUGUCUCCAACUUCAGUCCAUUACCACACACAUCAUUAUAGUCUUUUCACUUUGCUUAUCUGUAACCUCUCAUUCCAGCAGUGAGAAACAUGGCUCCCACACCCUGCCAUCUAUUUACUGAAUUGUUCAGUUAUAGUGCACAUGUAUAGCAGUAUCUGAAUUGUUAACCUGUGCACUUGAGGGAAACAACAGUGCAUGAUAAUAACAUUUUUAGAACUCCAACAGUUCUUUGAAAUAAAGUAAUUGGCAAAAUCUGGGAAUUAGGAAUUUCUGCUAUCUGAGUUCUGGGAACUUGGGGUCUAUUGUGCCCUAAAAAAGUUUUAUCAAGAACCAAGCCAUUGGGAAUUGACUUAACCCUGAAUAAACCAAGGCAAAUUAUUUGUCCUCCUCACUGUACUAAUACAUAUAUAGAGAUAAACAGGAGAAAGUGGGUAUGCCCAACUGAAACACUUAGCACUUUCUUUUCUCACUGGUAAAUAUGGCUCUCUGAUAAUAAGAAUACUACCCCAAAUUACCACUCUUCCAUAUAUUCCUGUCUCUCACUUGGUUGACCUUAGGCAAAUCACAUCACCUCUCUGUGCCUCAGAUAACACAUCUGUAAAAUGGGGAUCUAAAUGUCUACUUCACAGGACUCUUGUGAGGAUUCUCAUUAAUGAAUGUUGGCAAAAAUGAUGGGAGAUCCUUAAAUGAGCAACAAAGUAUUAUGAUCAUCACUAUGAUGAUAAUUACAGUACCCUAAAUUUACCCUAGGAAAAAAAGAGAAGAUUAGGCAUUCCAGAUAAUAAAGAGCUGACUUUGAGUCAGUAACAAAAGUAAUUGAAAAAUAGUCACUGGAAGCACUAUUAUUUCUUCUCUUCCUGCCCCUACAUUCUCUUCAUUAUUAACCAUAAGAUCCUCUUCUGUUUCCAGACUCAAAUCAUAUUAGGGCCUAAAGGAAUAAGUAGGCAAAAUCCAUUGCUUCAGAAGCUGAAUUCUUCCUCUUUCCUUAUUCUGCCUAGACCAAAUUACACAUCACCCUCUCAGAAGCGCAAAGGCAAUUUUCUGGAGCCAUUCAAACUUUGGCUAGUUCAAAUUCACUGAUUACAUUUUUCUCUUUCCCCAUUUACUGUGCUCUGAGCAGUUAAUGUUGGAAAGAAGUGGGGUGAGGUGGAUGGGAUAGGAGUGGGAUGGAAGAGGAUAGGAUUUAUACCAGUGGCAGCAUAUAUCUUUAAUUUGAUUUCUUUGAUUUCAAACACUGGUUUCAUCUUAUAUUUCCUUCUCUGGUGGUGGGUAGAAAUCAGGGAGAGAGGGACUAAUUUUUUAACUGAUAAACUCUCCUUCCCUUCCUGUAGAAGUUUCCCAGGGUCAGUACAAGUAGUUGUGUUGGAUAUUACUUCAUAAUUAUGUUGAAUGCAGUUCUGUUUUCAUUUUAUUCCAUAAUAAAAGGAAGAGAAUCCUUAGUGGUGCCCUUCCCUGUUUUUUGACAGGAGGUCACACUGAGAGAAACUGACUCUGUGUAUGUGUAUUGGGGAAAGGAGCCUGCAGUGAAGGAAUUGACUAGUUGUCAUUGCUAGUUUGUUUAAAGAAAUUAUAGAACAGUAUAUUAAGCUUUAGUCUCUAUAAUACUUAUGUUUGUGCCUCAUUAUUUCAGUGCUUUAGAGCAGCACUCUGUUUUUCCUCAGUAGUAGUUCUUGCUCCAAAGACAUGACUUUGAGGCUAGGAUCAUGAGCAAUUUCUUACAUACAAGUCUUUUAUGCACCUGGAGAUACUCAAGAGUAUCCUCAGCAUGGCCACUUAGAGUUUAUUCUGUUCUAGCCUGAUGGGGCUCUCCCCGUGUGGCAUCCAGGCAAGGUGUGUGCUUGGUGUUAUGUUUGAUUACUGUGUGUUUUUAUUAAUAAAAAUAUUUUAAACUUUAGAAACCAUGGCUAUUACCUUGACUGUCGCCAUUUUACAUUUCUUCAACAUGGCAUGGCAUGGCAUAAAUCUAUCAUUUUCUUUCCAUUUUCUGGGUAAAGCUGUGACAAAAAUACUGUAUAGGUAUGAGAUAAGAAAGGAAACUGAGCUUUCUUAAGCACAAUAAUUUCUGUGUUUAAAUGUGUGAGGAACUCCCCAUUCUUGGGAAUCUAUUCAGCCAUGUUCCUGAAUGGAAGAUUUUGUGCUCCUUUUGUAUGUUUCCUACAAAUAAUCCCACAGGAGUUUGUGGGAUAGAUUCAGCUGGCUAGGUUUCCCUGCCCAUCCCUGCUCUCCUUACCAUUUUGUUUGUUUGUUUAUUUCCUAAUAAAGAAUAUAGGAGAGUAGGGUAUUUGGAGAGCUUUAAAAUAAAAAAUUGCCUCAGUGUAACUACCAACCUUGGGUGGAGAUGUGAGAAGCUGCCUCAUCUGAGGAAUCUGUUUUGGGAAGCUUUGUCUUUCAGAAAGACUCUGAGAAAAAAAGUAUAAAGAAGGAAAUCCUGUGAGAAAGAUUGAGAUCAAAAUCUGAAAGGACAGAGUGACUGUCCUAAGGUUGCCAGAAAGGGAUUUUCACUACAAAUGAUAUAAAUGAAUUUCAGAGUGUAUAGGUUUUCUAGUAAUAUUUCUUUACUCAUUUGUUUAUUCUAAGAGUCAUUGUCAUCUCUGUGGGUUAAAAUUAUCAUCAAUUAAAUGCUAAAAAUAUUGACUAAAAAGCUAAAAAUAAUCCAAGAUCUUUACUGGUUGCUAUGGAAAUAAAUUAGACACAGCUGCUUUCAAUAAAUUCAUUCCCUAGUGGGGGAUACCAGCAUCCAAAGAAACAAAAUAGUGUCUUAAGUGUCAUAAUACAUAUAUGUUCAAUAUUUCUGAAAAAAUUUUAAUGUGAAAAAUAAAAGAUACCAUAAAAAUUAAAAGACAGCCACAUAUAUAACACAAGGUUUGUACCCAGGAUAUAUAAAGAAAUCAUUCAAAUAAUACAAAAAAGCACAAUAUGCAACAUGAAUAAAAAUUAACCAUUUACAGAUGGAUUGGAAAUAGUCAAUAAACAUAAAAUGAUACUCAA